AUGCUGCCCUCGCAGGAGGCCUCCAAGCUCUACCACGAGCACUACAUGCGGAACUCGCGGGCCAUCGGCGUGCUAUGGGCCAUCUUCACCAUCUGCUUCGCCAUCAUCAACGUGGUGGUCUUCAUCCAGCCCUACUGGGUGGGCGACAGCGUGAGCACCCCCAAGCCUGGCUACUUCGGCCUCUUCCACUACUGUGUGGGCAGCGGGCUGGCGGGUCGCGAGCUCACCUGCCGCGGCUCGUUCACCGACUUCAGCACCAUCCCGUCCGGAGCCUUCAAGGCGGCCGCCUUCUUCGUGCUGCUCUCCAUGGUGCUGAUCCUUGGCUGCAUCACCUGCUUUGCGCUUUUCUUCUUCUGCAACACGGCCACGGUCUACAAGAUCUGCGCCUGGAUGCAGCUCUUGGCAGCUCUGUGCCUCGUGCUGGGCUGCAUGAUCUUCCCCGACGGCUGGGACGCCGAGACGAUCCGGGACAUGUGCGGGGCCAAAACCGGAAAGUACUCCCUGGGGGACUGCUCGGUGCGCUGGGCGUACAUCCUGGCCAUCAUAGGCAUCCUCAACGCCCUCAUCCUCUCCUUCCUUGCCUUCGUGCUGGGCAACCGGCAAACGGACCUGCUGCAGGAGGAGCUCAAGCAGGAGAACAAAGAUUUUGUGGGCUCUACAGUAAGCUCUGUGUUGCGGCCAGGGGGUGAUGUCUCUGGAUGGGGAGUCCUCCCCUGUCCCGUCGCUCACUCACAGGGACCCUGA